UCUUGGACUCCUGGCUGGAGGUUGGCUGUCCUGCUUCCUGUGACCUUGGGGACUUGAACAGGAAGGGGCCUAGAGCACUGUCUCCUUCCCGACGCUGUUUCCCUUAAUCGCUCCUCCCCUGUCGCUUCUACCCCACCCUCAACGGCCCUAAACUGCUUCCUGGGCAGAAAUUGUUUAGCUUUUUCCUGCCCCAGUUGGGGGUCGGGUGGGGGGGGUGACUGUCGCAGCCCUAGGCCUUCAGGGUAUAUGGAGACCAGGAGGGUGGGGCUUGGGGCGCAUGGCUGGGGGCCUCGAGUGGCCGCGGGGUCGGAGACGGCCGCGGAGCUCGUGUACCAUCUAGCGGGAGCCUUGGGCACUGAAUUGAAGGAGCUGGCACGCCGCUUCGGGCCGGAGGCUGCGGCCGGGCUCGUGCCGCUCGUGGUGCGGGCGCUGGAGCUUCUGGAAAAGGCUGCCGUGGGGCCCGCCCCGGACUCGUUGCAGGUAUCCGCGCAGCAGGCCGAACUGGAGCUGCGGCGGCUGCGAGAGGAGAAUGAGCACCUCCGCAGCGAGUUGAGCUCUGGGCCACAGGAGGAGCGCGCUCUGCUGCAGCAGCUCAAGGAGGUGACCGACCGACAGCGGGACGAACUCAGAGCGCAUAACCGUGACCUGCUCCAGCGUAGCCAGGAGACAGAGGCGUUGCAAGAGCAGCUGCAGCGCCUCCUGCUGGUGAAUGCAGAGUUGCGGCAAAAGCUGGCGGCGGUGCAAAUACAACUUCGCGCCACGCGGGACCGCGAAAGCGAGCGGGAGUUGCGGCGCGAAGAGGCAGUGGAGCUGGCUCAGGAGCGGACGCGGGACCAGGCCAAGGUUCCUGGGUGUAAGCAGAGGCAGGAUCCUGAGCAAGCGACUGCCAGAGCAGAAGCCCCGGGGACCCCUGAGGACCCAGCGACUGCCCCGCAGCAGCCACAGUGCCCCUCCAACAUAGGGCAGUGUGGCUUUAGUCGGGAAGAGCUUGAGCAGAUCCUUCAGGAGCGGAAUGAGCUCAAAGCCAAUGUGUUCCUGCUGAAGGAGGAGUUGGCUUACUUCCAGCGGGAGCUGCUCGCUGACCACAGGGUCCCUGGGCUUCUGCUGGAAGCCAUGAAGGUGGCUGUCAGGAAGCAGCGGAAGAAGAUCAAGGCCAAGAUGUUAGGGACCCCAGAGGAAGCAGAGAGCAGUGACGAUGAGGAUGGCUCAUGGCUCCUGCUUUCCAGUGAUAAGGGAGACCAUCUCCCACCCCCUGAGUCCAGAAUACAGAGUUUCUUUGGCCUGUGUUAUCAGGGUGAAGCAGAAGCCCCUGAUGCCAAGACCAGCAGCACUGAUACCAGCGAGCCAGGGGGAGAAGAAGAGGCCCCACAGCAACCCCACUUUGAGCCCAUGGGCAGCCCUAUUGCCCCCAGCUCCUGAACUGGCCCUGACUGCUCUCAGUGAACAUCUUUGUCUGGGGGUUCUCAGCUGCCCCAGAGGCCUCACCUUGGAGUUUGGCUGUGGUUGGAUGUGUGACCUUAAAGGAGGAGGGGGCUCCCUCCAUCCCAGCCCUCCCCAGGCUCUUCCAAUUCUGGCCCGAGCCAGGACUGAUGGGGAGCUCA